AACGAGUAUCUUGCUGUUUGCUGUUGGCCCGGUCCGGACGGAUUGCUUGGGCUGCCUAUUUUCGUUUUAUCUCGGCUUUUUAAUUAUUAUCAUAAAUGACUAUUACUAUUUGACACUUUAAUAUCGGUAAUUCGGAGGAGAUACUCAUCGUUCAGUCAGGAUUUCGAUUUUUAGGUGCAUGCGGCAGAUCCCAUGGAGCUGCAGGCAUUGCUAGUGCUAUGUGGUGUGGGGGUGGUGGUAGUGGCUGUGCUGCUGCUCAUGGGGCUGUUCUCGGCCUCGGGCACCAGCUACGAGGAGGCCAUUGCUCAGCAGCGCCGGGCCACCACUGAGCUUCUGGCUCUGGCUGAAAACAAAAACAAACCCAAGAAAAGCAACAAGAAAGCCAUUAAAAAGCUAGCACGGAAGGAGAAGAAUAAGGAAAAUGCAGUGACUACUGGCAGUGAGGUGGAGAGUGAGGCUCCAGCCGAGAGUGGUGUGGAUGAAGACACUGUGCCUCCGGCUAAGCCUCAUGUUGAGUUCUGUCCCCCUGUUGUUGUAGAUGUUCUUAGGGAUACUCCACCCAAUGUAAAGAUUCGCAAACGCGGCAAGGAUCCUAAAGUAAAGCCGAUACUGAUAAACAAAGAGGAUCCGAGCUGCAUUAGUGAUCCGAGCACGCCGCCCUCCCCUACCGGCUCUGUCUCCAACCACUUUGAGGAGAUCCAUCCCAAGGAUGAGUUUGAACUAUUGCAAUCCUCUCUCGCUGCCGAAAAAACUCCCGAGAAAAAAGAAGAAGUGGUUGAGAAGAAGGAGAAGCCCGCGAAGGCAGCGAAGGCCGGUAAAGGCAAGCAGCCCGCGCCCGAGCCCGUCAAGGAGGAGCGCGAGCGCCACAACAGUGGCGAGGCGCCCAAGGAACAACGCAAGGGUAAAAAGGUGGACAAAAAACAAGCCGAAGAUGAGGCUCGAGUGGAGGUGGUCCCCCCGCUGAACGUGCCGCAGCCUAGCGAGCUCACCACCGACAAGCUACUCAAGCAGGCGCUGGCCGCCGCGCCCGCGCCCGCGCCCGUCCCCGCUUCCGCCUCCGCGCCCGCGCCCGCCUCUGCGCCCGUUCCCACCGGCAAGAACAAGAAGAAGAAGCCCGAACCUAAUGUGCUUUCGCUUAUGGCCGGUGACGGCGGCGGCGUCAACGUUGGCGAGCUCGUCCGAGUAGUGCGCGACGCGGCGCUCUCCCGCACCGAGAUACAGAUCCUCACCGACGCGCUGCUCAACAAGCACCACGACCCGCUGCCGCAGCACUCCGAGUGGACCGAGGGACCUAACGACCCGAUGCAGAAGCUGAAGAAGCAACUCGCCGACAAGGAGAAAGCUCUGGCCGACGAACUCGAGGCUUCCCAAGCACUGCACGCUAAACUGAAGGAAUUGAGGGCCACACUGAACGCGGAGCGCGGGCGCGCGGCGGCGGCGACGCGCGCGCACGAGCAGGCGGCCGAGGCCGCGCGCGCAGAGAUACACACGCACCAGACGCGCGUCAAGCGCCUCGCCGACGACAACCACCAGCUGCAGCAGGAGAACAGGCUCCUUCAAUCUAAACUCGCCGCGGAGGGUGAAUUCCAACAACAGAGAGCACAGAUGGAGAUGCACAUACAGCAACUUUCUGAGGCCGAGGCGACGCUGGUGGCGCAGCUGCAGGGGCUGCAGACGGAGCUGGCGGCGCGCGCGCUCGAGGUGGCUGGUGCCCGUUGUGAUGCAGGCGCAGCCAGAGACGCCGCCAUCAUGGCGCAGCAGCACGCCGCCGAGCUCGCCCAGCAGCUGGAGCAGCUCUCCCACGACCACACCCGCCUGGAGCAGCUCUCCCACGACCACACCCGCGCCAUGCAGGAGCGACAAGCCGAUCUCCAGAACAACGUGCAAAGGCUCAUGAGUCGCGCUCAGUUCGCCGAGGGCAACCUGGACAAGCAGAAGGAGGAGGCAGACGCACAAAUCAAACAGUUGUCUAGCGAAGUGGCGUCGCUGCGAGAGCAGCUGGCGGCGCGCGAGGCCGAGCUGGCCGAGGCGCGCCAGCCCAGGCCCGCGCACAACGGCCUGCCCGGCGACCAGCACAAGUCUGCGGAGCUGGCGAAGGUGGAGAGCGUCGUGGAGUCUCUGCGCAGCUCGCUGAGCGCGGAGCAGCGCGCCAACAAGGAGCAGAAGGAGGCGCUCACGCGGCUGCAGGAACAGCUGCGCACCUACCAGGAGAAGAACAAUGAGUUGCGAACUAAAAACUGGAAAGUAAUGGAGGCUUUACAAACUGCCGAAAAGGCUCUCCAGGCAAAGUCGGCCAGCGCGUUGCCGGCCCAAGACCCUCGCGAGGCGGCGGCGGCCUACGCGGAGGCGGCGGCGGCGCUGCGCGGCGCGCUGCCCGGCGCGGCGCCGCGCGGGCCCGAGGGCCGGGCCUGGCUGCUGCACUUCGCCGAUAACCUUAAGAAGGAGCUGCAGAAGGCGGCGUCGGCUCCCGCUCCGGCGCCCGCGCCCGCGCCCGCCUCGGACGCGCGCGUGACGGAGCUCAAAGCGCAAAAUGAACAAUUGCAAGGGCUCGUAGACAAAUACAAGAAGAUCAUUGAUGACACGGAAGGCGUGCUAAGCCAGCUGCAGGCCAACGUGACGCGAGAGGAAACGCGCUGGGCGCGUCAGCUCGCUGACAAGCAGCACGAGCUGGAUUCGCUGCGGCAGCACACGCUCACACAGAUGCAGAAGAAGAUAGACAGCUUACAGGCCGAGCUGCAGGAGAAGCAAGCUGCCAACCACAACCACAGCUUCGCGGACUCGGAGCGGCUCACGGAGGAGAGAUUACUGACUGCUGGUUUGUCAGAAAAAUUCAAAACGGACGUGAGCAAUGGCCCCUUGCAGGUGGGCUUAGAAGAAAAAUAACAUUUAAAAAAUACAUAUUUAUAUGAAGAAGUGUUGCGGUAUCAUUCCGGGCGGCGCCGUGCGCGGUAGCGGCGCGCGGCUCCGACACUCCAAGCCCGACCUCAUUACUGGUUCUACAGUCGCCUUCGGAUAUAUCGAAGCAGACAAGGUGCUCACAAAUACCUGAACACGCCUCUCCUGCCAUGACGUCAGAGUGCGUGUUCACAUAUUUGUGAACACCUUGGACGCUCCGAUAUAUCUGAUGGCGACUAUACGUCCGCUAGCAACGUACACGUACACACUCAGAGACUCAUUCAUUCAUACUUCGAACAAUGUGAAAUUAUUAUAUGAACGAAUCUGUCUUUCGGUUUAUCGGUUGCUACGAAUCGUUUGUAUACGGUUCGAGCGGAGAACCGACUCGCCGAGUGUACACACUUCCCAGAAAACGCACGACAUGCUCAAUUUAGAUCAUAGGAUUAUUUUUGUUUAAUCAAUUGUAAUCGUCCCGAACGGCACAACUGUUUCGGUUUUAUUUAUUAUAGACAACUCUAUGGUCGGUGACGGUUGAGGAACUUAUGAAGUGUAAAACUAUAUACGAUAUACGUUGGGAAGCGGCGACGAGAAACUGUGUACUCAUAGGCCAUUGUGUAACAUACGAAAUUGUAUAGCGAAAACUCGAGUCCUGCCGCCCUAGCCAAGGUGAAAAUCGCUAUCGCUACGACAACGAAACGCUUUGUGUCUCUCUAUCACUCUUCCGUAUUAGUGCGACAGGGACAGUUGCGUUUCGAUCGCAACGGAGCGUAAGCGAUUGGCACGUUGGCUACGCGGCCUGGUUGUAUUGUGUUAGUGUGUCGCGUGUCCGGGUUUACAGAUCAAUAUUAAAGUUAUUGCGAGGAAUUUGUGGAAGUACGUUUUUAGUAAUUCUUUGAACUCUGCUGUCCCGGCUGUUCUAUUAAAUUUAAAUACUUAUUUAUCUAGUAAUGCGAUCGAUAAAAUUAGUUAACGUGAUCUUGCAAUUUAAAAUUCAAGGUAUGAUACAUAUAUUUAGGUAGAUAUUUAACAUUUUUAUUUUAAUCAAUUAUUGAAACAAUUAUCUAUUGAUACAAAAAAUGAUACGUGUAUUUUUUAUGAUUGUGUAAGAAAAAUUAAUUAUAGACCAGUGUAACAUCAAUAAAUUAAUUUCUGUUAUUUUUGAUAUGACUUGCAGCUACCGAAUUUAACUUGAGUGGUAUUCUUAUGAUUUUUAAGGAAUGUUAUCUACUCUUUAGAAAUAUAUUAUUUGUAAAUGACUUUUGUAUCUAGAGCAUAAUCAUUUUGUCAGUGCCUUAGUGUAAGGUUUGAAUUAGACAAGCUGACCGUAAAAUUUUAGUUAAUAUCUGGCGGAAGAAGGCGAAGAUUUGAACUGCGUCGUCCCCGCGCCGUCGCGGAUGGAGUCAUGGUACAAUUCAAAUUGAUAAGCCCGAAGUUGUAGCUUUGCUUAAACCUGGAUAAUUUUAGAUUAGUGGAACUUAGAAAUGUGAUAAAAUCUUCGGAAUACUCCCGUCUUCUCGGAAACAGUUCAAUCUUUUCUUCCGUCCACCGCCUGUAAGUGCUUAGUGACGUUUUUGAUAAGCAUAUUAUGUAUGUCUGGGGCCCGUCUCAGAUGCGACUCUGAGCCUCCUCUACUACAUUAUUUUGAAUACAGAUCAUAUUCUUUGCACUGUACUAAAAAAUACUCGGUAAUAGAAAUAACCAUAUUGAUAGACUUGUAAAUUGUCAUUAGUCAUAAUACUCAUGAUAACUUUAAACUCCAACCAAUACGAACAUGUAGCGCGAGUGGCUAAAAAUACCCGAGUUAAACCGUUAAUACUUAGUUAUUUGUUUUACAAGUUAGCAAAGUUGUUGUUUAACCGCUCAUACUAAUAUCCCAAAAUUGAACCACGAGGGAGUGGCUCGAAGAGUGGAAUCUUAAGCGUUGUUAGAGUUUCAAGAACACAAAGUUUUUCACCACACCAUCGCAAGGAAAAUACUACCUGGAAAACAUCAAACAAAAUAAAAUCCAAAUGAAGGUUAUUAAAUAUUUAUUCAAAAUCAUCAUUUAUCAUCAAUUCUGCCAGCCAACAUAACGAAACAACUCAAAAUUUGCAUCCAAUUACUUUGCCACUCUUGUGGAUAAAAUGCAACAUGCUCCAUUGCUCAUCAGUUUUUAAACAAACAAAAGAACCUUUACGAGCUGGAGUCGUGAAAAUUAGUUUAAAUCUUUAACAAUAUAUUAGUAUCGAGUAUUGGAAUAGAUGUAAACAUGAGAUCUUUAACCCUUUACCAGGCUGACAGUUCAAAAAGAAAAUCGAAUGUCAGUCUUACUCAUUGAAAAUAGAACACGAGUUUGAAGUGCCGUAUGUGGGAAAUAUACCUUGGCUGUAACCUCUCCAAAAUCGAAGUUGGUUAAUUGCGGCCAUUUUUAGGGUUCCGUAGUUCUCUGUCACUCUAAUAAGUUAAUAACGUCUUAGUGAGAGUAAAAGAGCAAGAUCCCCGCAAUUUGCGAAUUUCGGCUUUCGCGGUAGGCCCUCUGGUAAAGGGUUAAAAUAAGGUGGUGUGCAAUAUUUUGGAUUUAACUUUUAUCCUCUACUGGUUCUACAGUGCAAAGAAAUGAAUCCUAAAAUUCGUGAACGACGCUUGUUUUUAACUUUUAAGACGAUUUUAAAUUGAUUUGUUACAGUUAAAUAUUUUAAUUGUAAUCAGCGUGUCAAAUGUCCUGAAUAUUGAAAUAGCAUUAUAAUGUAUUAUGGAAUCUAAUUUGUAAAAUAAAUAAGCCACUUUGUAUAAUAAUUAAUAUAUUAGUUAAAGACAUUAUGAAAUAAAAAAAAUCUUAAUCAUAA